CGCUUGUGUUUAAUGCUUCUGAGCCCAUCCGGUUCUAGAUUGACCGUGAAAAUCGAGAGACAUUGCAGAGGCUUACAGCGGCUUGGGCAGCCGCAACUCCUCAUUCUCCUUCCAGAUUGCUGUUCUCCCUCAGUGGAAUCGUCGUUAUCGUUCAGGAUUCAAUAAUUUUUGUUCAGGGGACUGUUUGUUUAAUAUUGGACGUUGCCUGAAAAACGACGAGAAGGGGAAGGACGAUCGACGGCGAUACUCGUAUUUAUAGAAUCUUUGUUAAUUGAGAAUGUUCUACCUCAGUCUAAUAGAGCAUACUUUGCGUUUGCCUCCUUCUCUCCUUAGCCUUCCUCUCCAAGAUGCUAUUAAGAAGGAGCUUGAGAAUAUCUUUUUAGACAAGGUUAUUGCUAGUUUGGGCUUAUGCAUUUCAGUAUAUGACAUCAGAAAAAUUGAGGGUGGCUUUAUCUUUCCUGGAGAUGGUGCAUCCACAUACGUGGUUGAAUUUAGAAUGGUUAUAUUCCGUCCGUUUGUGGGAGAAAUAAUUGCUGGAAAACUUAAAGAAUCUAACAAGGAUGGUUUGCGCUUGUCACUUGGAUUUUUUGAUGACAUUUACAUACCAGCACAUCGUUUGCCAAAGCCAUCCAGUUAUGAACAUGACCAAGAGAAUAGGUAUCAGGUUAUAUGGACAUGGGAAUAUGAUUCAGAAGAUAACAACAAGUUCUAUAUCGACGGCUUAGAUGAGAUUAAGUUUCGAGUUGACAGUGUAGAGUAUCCUCCAGUUCCAAUUGAGCAACCUGAAAAGCCAUUUGCCCCUAUGGUGAUUACAGGAACACUUGAUGAUGAUGGUUUAGGCCCUGUUACAUGGUGGUGAUGCAGAAUUUUUGGAAUUCUAACAGUGUCUGUCAAACUUGUAGAGAAAAUAUCUCUUUAUGAUAGAGGUUCAAUCUUUUCAAUUUUCUCUGGCCUCUGUUCAAAUGAAUAGAAAAUGCAACAACCUAAACUAGAAGCUUGGAUGCUUUUGACGGUUAGGAAAUUCGAUUUUUUGUUUGGUUAUUAAUAUUAUUAUUAUUUUAUGAUGAUCUUUCUGGUUGUAAUCUUCGGCAAUUGAAAUGAAAAUAUGUAUUGAUUGCAUGUUAA